ACACAACGUGAUCAUGAAAACCGCAAAAUAUGAAACAUUGAUGAUUUUUAAUAGUUUUCCAUAAGGUGUGAACGUGCAAAUACAAUAUCUCCUCAACUGCAAUAACAAAAAACAAAACAAAUAGUUUACAAAUAUGUAGUUAUUUAAUAAUAUUGGACUUAAAGAAUGUUUAACUGAUAAGCUGAACAAACCAAAUAUUCAUUUGAGAAUCAUUAUCGUGUGCUUGUUCUCUAAAGUGCUUUAUGCCAAUCAAUGUAGUAAUAUAAUAAAAAAAUUAAAUAACGAAAAAUAAAAGCAAAAAGUAUAAAAAUCAUUUGUGAGCGUAGAUACAAAUAUUCAUAAAGAAAAAUAAGCUGAGUUCUCUUGAGAACAACCAGUCAUCAUAUUCUAGUUGAACCGAAUCAAUAUAUGAUUCUGGUUUUCUGACGGAUUUUAGAAUAAUAUUUUUGGAAGAACAAUUUCAAUUUUUUUCCGUUUUUUUUUUAUUAUUAUUAUUCUUAAUUUCGCGAUCAUUGUCGCUGUCGACGGUCAAAAUAAUUUUCUCUAUAUAGCUUUAUUUUCAUUCUUCAAAGUUGAUAAGGUGCAUAAAAAAAAAUUUUUUUUUUUUGGUUUUUUUUUUUUGAAAAAAUAAAUUACCUUAAUAUACAUACGUAAAAAUUGUAAAUUAUAAAUUUUAAAUAAGUUUAUGACCUCUUGGAAAAAACAAAUAAAAAAUAUAAUUCUAAAAUUUGUAUGAUAAAAAAUCAAGGAGAUUCAGAAUAAGAAAUUUAAAAUAAAAUAAAAAAAAAGAAGAUGACUCAAACUGUGUUAGUUACCGGUGGUGCUGGUUAUGUCGGGUCACAUACUGCAGUUGAACUUUUAAAUGCUGGAUAUAAAGUAAUAUGCCUAGAUAAUAUGUGUAAUGCUUUCAAAGAGUCAAAUACAAAAUUGCCAGAAGCAUUAAAAAGGGUCGAAGAACUAACCGGAAAACAAAUAAAAUUCUAUGAAGUUGACAUCAGAGACAAAGAUGCAUUACGACAUGUAUUCGCUAAGGAAAAGGUUGACUGUGUUGCACACUUUGCGGCUUUAAAAGCUGUUGGUGAAUCAUGUAAACAACCCUUGACUUAUUAUCAAAACAAUAUUACUGGAACGAGUAUCUUACUUGAAGUAAUGGCUGAAUAUAAUGUAUUUCAUUUCUUAUACAGUUCAAGUGCAACAGUUUAUGGUGAACCACAAAAAUUACCAUUAACUGAAGAUCACCCAACAGGACAAUGUACCAGUCCUUAUGGUAAAAGUAAAUAUUUUACAGAAGAAAUUUUAAAAGAUCUUUGUAUAUCGGAUCCAAGAUGGUCUGUAAUUUCACUACGUUACUUUAAUCCAGUUGGUGCACAUCCAAGCGGUAAAAUUGGUGAAGAUCCAAAUGGAGAACCAAACAAUUUAAUGCCAUAUAUAUCACAAGUAGCUGUUGGUAGAAGACCAUUACUGAAAGUUUACGGAAGUGAUUAUCCAACUCCUGAUGGUACUGGUGUCCGAGAUUAUAUUCAUAUUGUUGAUUUAGCUGAAGGUCAUGUAAAAGCACUAGAUAAAUUAAAAACAAAAACAAUCAAAGGCUUUGUUGCAUACAAUUUAGGUACAGGUAGCGGUUUUUCUGUACUUGAAAUGGUGAAUGCUUUCCAAAAGGCAUCUAAUCGCAAAAUCAAAUAUGAAUUAGCUCCCAGAAGACCUGGUGAUAUUGCAACAAGCUAUGCGGAUGCAACGCUAGCAGCUAAAGAAUUAGGCUGGACCGCUAAACGGGGUAUUAACGAGAUGUGUGAAGAUACAUGGAAUUGGCAAAGUCAAAACCCCAAUGGAUUUAAUUUAAAUCACAAGUUAUAAUCUUAUACAUAAUAGUUUUUUUUAAUCCAACCUUCUAUCUAUGUGUUAUAUUAUGAUCUUCUUAUCUUACGACCUACAUGACCAAAAUUUCCAAUCAAAAUACCUUAUUAUUAUUAUUAUUAUUAUUAUGGUUGUAAACUUUGAAAUUUUAUUAGUUUUUAAGUAUGAAUGUAAUUUCAAUAUUGUUGAAAAAGUAUUUUCGAAGGUAUUACAAUUAUUAUAUUUAUAAAGUUGUGACAUUCCUAAUUUCUCACAAGAAAAAUUUCAAUCAAAAAAAUUUAUCAUCACUGACUUCAAAGAAGGAAAAGUUUCAAAGUUAACACCAAUAUUUAAAAAAAAAAAAUAGUAGUUAACGAGAGAAAAUUGUUAAAGUUAUAGUCUAAUAAAAUUAAAAUGUUAUUACUUUCUUCGGGAUCGCACAUUUUAAAUAUUUAAAGUAAUAACUCGCAAACAUUUAUAUUUUUUAUAUAGUAUGCAUUUUUUCAAUGAACUUGGAGGUAUUUUUAAAAUUUUGUUU